UUCUUAUAAAAGGGGAUCUUCUUCCUGAAAAGAGUCAGUUCUCGGUCCAUCCUCGACAAGUGUUCUCUUCUCCAAGCCCCGGCACACGAAAAAAUUCGACAAAAUGGCAUCCAAGGAUAUCGUCUUCGCCCUCUUUGCCAUCCUCGUCCUGGUGGCAGUUUUUGGCGCAGAGGCGGCUUACAGAAAACCGCCAUUCAAUGGCAGCAUCUUCGGGAAGCGAUCCAGCACCAUUACGGCAGAUUACGAAGUUACCGGCCGAGCUCUGACAACGAUGUGCGAGGUCGCCAGCGAAACCUGCAACGCUUGGUUCGCUCAUCAGGACUCAAACUGAAGCCCAUAAAAACCGCUCCCAUCGACUCGAUUAAUCCACAAGAAAAUCCUCCGGCUUAGAUUAGUCAUUUAAUUAAACGAGAUUAAUCGCGACGCUUUAAACGAAUCUCCCCUUAAUUUCGUCUACGAGCAAAGAUUCGCUAAAUGGCCCUCUCACGCUUCGCAGGAAUUUACCCUUAAAUGUAAUCAAGACUUUAGCUUUUAUGUCAUUUCAUUUAAUUAUUUUUUAGUUUGUAGCAAGGCGGGAUGCGUUAAUGAUAAGGUACGGGGAAUUAAGGGAUUUUAAUCAGGGUUGAGAGAGGAGGUAAAAUGCCCCCUUUCGCAUGGUAGGACUCUUGUCGAAUUUACCGAUCGUUAUUCGAAUGUCGAUGACUUAGAUGUAAUCAUUUCGCAUUUCGGGCACGUAUCGUUCACCUGCCGAGAUAAGGGCCGCGCAUUACGUGUAAAUGAAAAUGCGAUCGUCCACGUGUGCAUACGAAAGCAGAACUAUUGACGCAAACCGACGUCCAAGUUAGAG